AUGAAGUUAACUACUACAUCCGCUACCUUAAUCUUAGCUAUUGCUACUUCAAUCAAUUGUGCCCCAACAACUGUUGGUGGUUCAACUGAAUUAUCCAAAAGAGAUACUUCAAUAAUCCAAGGAUAUAUUUAUAAUAUGCAAGAAUAUGUUGAAAAAAGAGAAGUUAUGAGUGAUGAAAUGAUUGCCAAAAGAGAAAGUCAAAUUGUUACUGAUGUUUUAACUGCCAUCAAGGAUACCAAUCUUGCUCCAGGUAUAUUGAAAUACUUCAUUACUGAUGAAACUCUUUCUCCAAUUGUUAAAAAUACCAUUGUUGCAUUGAUUAAAAAUGGUACUAUUGACCUUGGUACCUUAUUAAAAGCCUUAAAUGAUUCUGGUUUAGCUGUUGAAGUCAUUCAAAACUUAAUUUCAGAUUGUACCUUUUACGCUGAUAUUUACAAAUUAGCUGGUCAAUACAUCGGUGACUUAACCAGUAAAAUUCUUAAAAGUCUUGGUUUAAGUAAAAGAGAAUUAGAGUUAUUGAAUUCUUAUGAAAACCCACAUUUAGUCGCUAGAGCUUCAGGUGAUUCUAGUGAUUCUGAUAAUUCACUUUUAGUUAGUUUAAUGGAAUCUUUGAAAGAUUCUGGUUUAGCUGACCAAGUUGUUAGACAAUUAAUUGUCGAUCCAGAUUUCUUGAGUUUCGGUGCUGAUUUAAUCAAACAAUUAUUUGAUGAAGAUGCUAUCACCGUUUCUGAAUUAGUUUCUGACUUAGCCGAAUCUGGUUUAGUCCCUUCACUUAUAGAAGCUUUCUUGAACUUGAAAACCUUCAAUACCGUCAUCACAAAUGCUUUGGCUGCUGCCUUUGGUAAAUGUGAUGGUUCAUCCCUUACGUCAUCCACAACUGAUAGUGCCACAAAAACUUCAUCAUCAACGAGUUCAACUGCUAGUGCCACUGGUCGUUGUAGAAAAAAGAGAAGAUCUAUGUAUUAG